GAAAGAAUUAAUUCAGUCAGAGUUCAGCUCGGUCUCCAGAAAAAAGCAUGGUCUGAGCCGCAGGGGCAGCAGCCAAAACACCUCUUUCUACUGGGUGAGGAGGAGAGUCUUUGCAAAAGCUUUGGAGUAACUUCAGAGGCAGCCCUACAGUUUGGAGGUGUGUCGCCUUUGGAGGAGCGGCUGCAGCAACCUUUGCGCUGCAAUUAUUAUUUCACCCCACCGCCCUCUUUGCUCUCGCCUCCAGCGUAGCAACAAGUCAGUGAACCGGUUGGAGGCCGCGACUCCGCAGUUGGAGAGGAGCCUCUGCAAAAUGGCAAGUGAGCCCGAUACCACCGAAGUGAGGAAGCCGCACAGAUUUGACCAGGGAGCCUUGGAGAGAUACCUGUGCCGGCACCUGCCGGGCUUCCCGCAGCACCCACCCGAAGCGCUGAGGGUCAGGCAGUACAGCUCAGGGCAGUCCAACCCAACUUUUUACUUGGAAAAAGGCCUCAAGACCUACGUACUGAGGAAGAAACCUCAUGGCUCACUCCUGCCUCAAGCUCAUAAGGUCGACAGAGAAUAUCAGGUUCAGAAAGCCUUGUUUGCCGUUGGAUUUCCAGUUCCUGAGCCUCUCUUAUACUGUAGCGAUGCUUCUGUGAUUGGAACGGAGUUUUAUGUGAUGCAACAUGUACAGGGUCGCAUCUUCCGAAACACUGCGUUACCUGACAUACGUCCAGUGGAAAGAUCUGCUCUAUACAUAGCUCUAAUAGAAACUCUGGCCAAGCUACACUCAUUCAAUGUGAAUUCACUGGGACUCCAAGGCUAUGGAAGAGGACCAGGUUACUGCAAGAGGCAGGUAUCAACUUGGAGAAGACAGUAUCAAGCAGCUGCUCAUGCAAACAUCCCAGCUAUGGAUGAAUUGGCUGAAUGGUUAACCAGCAACCUGCCUCCUGGCGAUACUGAAGAAAAGUUGGUCCAUGGAGAUUUUCGAUUAGACAACAUCAUAUUUCAUCCAACAGAGGCCCGUGUUGUGGCAGUGCUGGACUGGGAACUUUCGACUAUAGGGCAUCCUCUGGCAGACUUCGCUUACACUGUUUCUCUCUGGUUUUGGCCCAGAUCCCUCAAACAUUUGCAAAUGGCGAAUUUCCAGUAUAUAAACAAUAUUGCGGGAAUUCCUUCGGCUGAAGAAGUGAUCGCGACGUACUGUCACUGCAGAGGUAUCAGCACUGCUGUGCCCAACCUGAAUUUCUUCCUUGCUCUCUCGUAUUUUAAAGUGGCUUCAAUAAUGCAGGGCAUCUAUGCCAGAUACCUUCAGGGAAAUUCCGUUGCGGAAAACAGCCACAAGUUUGGCAGUAUGGUGAAACCUUUGGCAGAAACUGGAUUACUGGUAUCAAAAAAAACAUCUUUUGCCACUGAGAGUCAGCCCUGUAGCACAGGAGAAUUAUUCCACCAGUCUAAAGAGGGCAAAGAAGUGCUUGAAACGGUGAAGGAUUUCAUGAAGAAAUAUGUUUUUCCAGCUGAAAUGGAAAUGGUGGAGUAUUACGCCAGAAAUAAAAAUUCGCCAGACGUAUGGAAAAAGCCUGCCGUGAUUGAGAGACUGAAGGAAAGGGCCAAGGCAGAGGGUCUCUGGAACCUUUUCCUGCCAGGGGUUAGUGGUCUUGGCCAGCUGGACUAUGCCUUAAUCGCAGAAGAGACUGGGAAGUGCUUCUUCGCGCCCAACGUGUUCAACUGUCAUGCCCCAGACACAGGAAACAUGGAGGUCCUGCACAUGUAUGGGACCCAGGAACAAAAGAAACAGUGGCUGGAGCCUCUCCUGGAAGGGAAAAUAAGUUCUUGCUUCUGCAUGACAGAACCUGGCGUCGCUUCCAGUGAUGCCACCAAUAUGGAAUGCAGCCUCGAGAGAGAUGGAGACAGCUACGUGAUCAACGGCCAAAAGUGGUGGAGCAGCGGAGCUGGAAAUCCAGACUGCAAGUUUGCUAUUGUGAUGGCCAGAGAUAAAAACACAUCUGUAUCCAGAUAUAAACAGCACAGUAUGAUCAUUGUGCCAAUGGAUACACCGGGUGUCAAACUUAUAAGGCCUCUUUCAGUCUUUGGAUACUGGGAUUAUUUCCAUGGCGGACAUUUUGAGGUGCAUUUUAACAACGUCCGGGUACCUGCCUCUCAUUUAAUCCUUGGAGAAGGAAGAGGAUUUGAAAUCGCGCAAGGAAGACUUGGGCCAGGCCGCAUACAUCAUUGCAUGCGGUCCAUAGGGGCAGCUGAAACUGCUCUGCAGAUCCUGUGCAAGCAUUCAGCCCAGAGGGUGGCAUUUGGGAAGAAGCUGUACCAUCAUGAAGUUGUCGCUCACUGGAUUGCUGAAUGCCGCAUUGCUAUUGAACAGGCAAGACUGCUGACGUUGAAAGCAGCCAGCAAAAUAGAUGCCAUGGGCAACAAAGAAGCCAGAAAAGAGGUUGCGAUGAUCAAAGUGGUGGCCCCCCGAGCAGUCCUUAAAGUGAUUGACUGCGCCAUUCAAGUUUGUGGAGGCGCCGGAGUCUCCCAAGACUUCCCAUUGGCUGAAAUGUUUGCCUACAUCCGAACGUUACGCAUAGCAGACGGGCCCGAUGAAGUUCACCUCUCCGUAAUUGCAAGACAAGAGCUGCAGGACCAAGCCAAACAACUGAGUGCACAUCUGUAAUAUUUUGCUUGCUUAAAUGAUGGUACCACAAUCAUUUUAAACCAUUUUCUAUCUUUAAGUUAGGCUGAAAGCUUAUGGGGCAGGGGACUGUAGAUUUGACACUGUUCUUAAUUAUGGAUAUUUCUUAAGUAAACUCACCUUACUAAUUCUACUAACAACAAUUCCUUUACUGAUCUUUCACUUGAUGAAUAGUGUUCUUGCAGACAAAAUGGCUUCACUCAGAAGCUUACGUGUUGGGCCAUCUAAACCCAAGGGGGAAGGUCUAGAAUAGGCCUGCCACCAGAAUUUUGAUAUCUUUCCCUGCAGUUGGUGGGUUGCAUAAAAUGUAAGAUUCCUACUCAAUUGCACAUUGGGUUUUGCCUAAAGCUCCUUCUGUUGUUUUUUUUAAAGCAGGGGUGGGACAUUUAUUCAGCCUCAAGAGAUGGAUUCCCAGCUGCUGUUGGACUACAACUCCCAUCAUCCCUAGCUAGCAGGACCAGUGGUCAGGGAUGAUGGGAAUCGUAGUCAAGUAACAUCUUGUGGGCCAUCUAAGAUGCAGGUUUCGUUCUCUCGCCCUCAAAAUAGAUUUCAGGUAUCUCAUCCCAGAACCCUCAUUUUCUUUCCAGCUUUAUAAAGGAAUAGAACAGCAGAAGUACAAGUCUGUCACAUUAACAGUUCAGUUCCCUUUAUUUUUUAAAAUUUUAUGUACAUACGAAUGAUCUGUAUAAUGUACAUUCAAUAUAGAAAGUUUUAUAUACUGGAUAAUGUAUAGAACAUAUCACAAUUACACUAUGCUUUUUAUAUAUAA